GUUGUGCCUUAUAGUUUAAACAAUUUGAUGCUUAAUAGGAUCAAGAUUGUUAUGAGCUUUCAGCUGAGUAUGAAAGGAAGCAUAGGACUGAGAAGUUGGAGGAACUUGGGAAUAUGCUAACUGGUCUUGAUGCUGGGGAUUCUAUUGUCAUUGCCAAAUCAUUUUCCCACAUGCUUAAUUUGGCUAACUUGGCAGAAGAAGUUCAAAUUGCCUACCGAAGAAGGAUUAAGCUAUUAAAGAUGGGCGAUUUUGCUGAUGAGAACUCUGCCAUCACUGAAUCUGACAUUGAAGAAACCUUCAAGAGGCUUGUCACUGAACUGAAAAAGUCCCCACAGGAAGUGUUUGAUGCUUUGAAGGAGCAAACUGUAGAUUUGGUCCUAACUGCUCAUCCCACUCAGUCCGUUCGUCGAUCUCUGCUGCAAAAGCAUGGAAGGAACUUGAUGAGGCUCUCCAAAGAGAGGUGCAUUCUUGAUUUUGUGUCGACACAGCUCUGA